AUGAAACUGUUACCAACCUUUUCCGAGGACCGUAGCGCACAGACAGAAACAUUCAAGAACAUCGCCACUGAAACUAUUGGGGAGACAUACAUCGAAGAAGACCCAUCGGUGGCAGAAUGGUUUCGCGAGUUGAUUCCGAAUUCACACGGCAUGGUCGAGUAUCUUCGCCAAGUGUGUCCGAGUGCGCGCUGGAUCAGAAGAUACAACCUACAUUGGCUAGCCGGUGAUGCUAUUGCUGGAAUAACUGUGGGUCUUGUCGUCGUUCCCCAGGGAGUAGCAUAUGCAUUGCUUGCUCGCUUGUCGCCUGCUUUCGGUCUUUACACUACCUUUACAGGCGCAUGUCUAUACUGGAUAUUCGGUACUUCAAGAGACAUUGUCAUAGGUACUACUGCCGUUGGCUCACUCCUGAUUGGUAGUGCUGUCAGUAAGGUCGAGACUUCCCAUCCGGGAAAGUACAAGCCUGAGGAAGUGGCUCAUGCCAUAAGCUUCUUGGCUGGUGCCAUCUUACUCGCCUUUGGUUUCCUCCGCCUUGGCUUCAUCAUUGAAUUCAUACCUUACAUACCUAUCUCGGCCUUCAUCACAUCAGCAAGCAUCACAAUCAUCUCAACCCAGCUGCCGACGUUGAUGGGUGUGAAGGGCAUAAAUACGCGCGAGUCCCCAUAUAAGGUGUACGUCAACUUUCUCAAGGGUCUGCCUCGCGCACAACUCGACGCGGCUAUCGGCAUUACAUCCAUCAUCCUCCUGUAUCUUAUCAAGAAUACUUGCGCUAAGAUGGAGGUACGACAAUCGCGGAAGAAGAAGAUGUGGUCCCUUAUAUCCUCAUUGCGUCUUGCCUUCACCGUACUGCUCUACACCCUUGUCAGCUGGUUGGUCAACCGGAAGAUGCCUACAGGCAAAGAGAAAUUUCGUAUUGUCGGCCGCAUCGAGAAAGGCUUCAGUCAUGCUGGCGUACCACCGAUGAAUGGCGAACUUUUCGGGAUAGUUGCCUCUGAGCUGCCUGCUAUGAUCAUCAUUCUCAUUGUCGAACACAUCGCCAUUGCGAAGAGCUUUGGUCGCCAGAAUAACUACACUGUCAUCCCCUCCCAAGAGAUGAUUGCACAGGGUGCCGCCAAUCUUCUUAGUCCAUUUGUCGGUGGCUAUGUUUGUACUGGAUCCUUUGGUGCUUCUGCUGUGUUAUCCAAAGCAGCAGUACGAACUCCACUCUCUGGAGUCUUCAGCGCGUUAGUAUUGGUACUAGCACUGUACGCGCUUACUGCAGUCUUCCACUACAUCCCCAACGCAGCACUCGCUGGUAUCAUUAUCCACUCCACUGUUGAUUUGAUCAAAGGCCCAAAGGACCUGCACAAGUAUUACCAACUAUCCCCAUUCGAACUCUUCAUCUGGGUAUGUGGUGUUGUCAUCGCCUUCUUUACCAACCUCGAGACAGCCAUCUAUGUAACCGUCGGUCUUUCCUUCGCUAUGCUUCUAUUGCGCAUCGCUAAGAGCCCAGGCAAGUUCCGUGGCUCGGUGGGAGUGACACGCGUUGUGCGUGAAGAUCUGCCAUGCGAUCAAGCAUCUUCCGCGGAAACACUUGACGUCCCACUGGUUAGCCAUAUUGAACAUGUUGAAGGAAUGCGCCAGGUCUACAUUCCCUACGACGUCAAAGACAACCACAACCCGAAUAUCACCAUCGAACCUGCAUACCCUGGUGUUUUCAUCUACCGCUUCAGCGAGAGUUUCAACUACAUCAACCAAGCCUACCACAUCGAUCAUCUUACCUCUUACAUCAAGUCAAAUACCCGCCGAACGCGAACAGACGACGGCAUCAGUGAUCACGACCGCCUUUGGUGCGACGCCUUACCUACGGAGAAGCUCAUCCAAGAGUCUGCCUCACUGCCAGUUCUACGAGCAGUGGUACUCGACUUUUCCACCGUCAACAUCCUCGAUAUCACCAGCAUCGACGGAUUGAAAGCCUUGCGCGAUACGCUGGACCGGUAUGCAGCACCUGGUUUGGUAGAGUGGCAUUUCGCUGGCGUACACAAUCGAUGGACACGUAAAGCGCUUUCCUUUGCGGGUUUCGGGUUUCCUGCAACUACAAACGUUGAUAGCAUGAGUAACUGGUGUCCUGCAUACACGGUUACUACAAGCCUGGCUGGCGCGACAGAUGAAGAGCGCAAAGAAAUGGAGAUUGUGAAAAGAAGCGCUAGUGUGCUAGAUGAAGAGUCGUGUAAAGAAACCGUUGAGUCGAGUGAGACACAGGUUCAUACGAGUAGUUCAGGCAUGGAGAGGCGCUUCGAGUCUAUUUAUGGCAUCGAUAGGCCCUUUUUUCAUCUCGACCUUCACGACGCUGUUGACGCAGCAGUGAGAGAUGCGAAAAAGGCUGAUAUGCGGGAGGCACGGACGAUCUGCUCCCUCAGCGAUCGGUCUGCCACUCCUCAAUCAGGUGAAGUGGUGUAG